CCAGAAUCAAACAUUUUUGGGAUGGUGAAAAUGGUGCAACACCAUGGUUUUCUCUGGGGUACACAUUUCCUUCUCAUUUGUUUCAUUGGAUUCAUCUCUCUUCCGGUUGAUGCUGCUACGAAAAAAUACGAGUUUAAUAUACAAGUGAAGAAUGUUAGCAGGCUGUGCCAUGCAAAGCCAAUUGUCACUGUAAAUGGGAUGUACCCAGGACCUACAAUUUAUGUCAGAGAAGGAGAUCAAGUUCUUGUUAAUGUCACCAACUAUGCACAAUACAACAUGUCAAUUCAUUGGCAUGGUUUAAAGCAAUUUCGCAAUGGCUGGGCAGAUGGACCAGCUUACAUAACACAAUGCCCAAUCAAGACUGGGCAUAGUUACACCUAUGCUUUCAAUGUAACAGGACAGAGAGGAACCCUAUGGUGGCAUGCACAUAUCCUUUGGCUAAGGGCCACUGUCCAUGGUGCCAUUGUCAUCAUGCCCAAGCAAGGAACCCCAUUUCCUUUCCCUCAGCCUAACUUUGAAUUCAAUUUACUCUUGGGAGAAUGGUGGAAUACUGAUGUUGAAGGGCUUGUUAAAGAAGCCAACAAGCUGGGAUUGCCACCCAACAUGUCAGAUGCACACACAAUCAAUGGAAAGCCUGGGCCUCUCUUCCCAUGCUCCGAAAAAUAUACCUAUACUAUCGAGGUUGAACAAGGAAAGACGUAUCUGCUGAGAAUCAUCAACGCUGCACUCAACGACGAGCUUUUCUUUGCCAUUGCCGGGCACAACAUGACAGUGGUAGAGGUUGAUGCAGUAUACACAAAACCCUUCACAACUCAAGCCAUUUUAAUAGCACCCGGGCAGACAACAAAUGUUCUCAUUCAAGCCAAUCAAGCUCCCAGCAGAUAUUUCAUGGCUGCUAGGGCAUUCAUGGAUGCUCCACUUUCCAUUGAUAACAAAACUGCCACUGCUAUACUGCAAUAUAAAGGCAUCCCAAACACUGUUCUCCCAAUCCUUCCUCAUUUGCCCAAGCCAAAUGACACUGCCUCUGCACUAAGCUACAAUGCCAAGCUUAAAAGCCUGAAUUCUCCACAGUUUCCAGCAAAUGUUCCACGCAAAGUUGAUAGACAUCUUUUUUACACAAUUGGUUUGGGAAUAAACCCCUGCCCAACUUGCCAGAAUGGAACACAAGUUGCAGCUUCCUUGAACAAUAUCUCUUUUGUCAUGCCUAAAAUUGGCCUUCUUCAAGCUCACUAUUUCAACCUUAAGGGGGUGUUUACCACAGAUUUCCCAGAUAAUCCUCCAAGGCCUUUUAACUACACUGGUGCACCACUUACAGCCAACCUCAAAACUUCAGUAGGCACACGGCUUAGUAAGAUAGCAUUCAAUUCAACAGUGGAGUUGGUGUUGCAGGAUACCAAUCUUCUCACCGUGGAGUCUCAUCCAUUCCAUCUUCAUGGUUACAACUUCUUUGUUGUUGGGACUGGAAUUGGGAAUUUUGAUGCUAAGAAAGACCCUGCAAAAUACAACUUGGUGGAUCCUCCAGAAAGAAAUACAGUUGGAGUUCCCACUGGUGGUUGGACUGCCAUAAGGUUUACAGCUAAUAAUCCAGGUGUGUGGUUCAUGCACUGUCACUUGGAGCUGCACACUGGCUGGGGAUUAAAGAUGGCAUUCGUCGUGGAGGAUGGGAAAGGACCAGAUCAAUCCAUUUUGCCUCCACCUAAAGAUCUGCCUCCAUGUUAGUUAUUUAAAAAUAUGAUUAAAAUUGACAGAAUUGUUUGGGGUUGGAAGAUGGUGGAGCUGACAGUUUUUUGGGUAAUAAUAUCCUGUAAACUGCAGGAGUCAAGGCAAAAACAUUGUAAAAAAAAAAAAAAGAAAAUGAAAUGUUUGAUUUAUUGGUUGGUACGGGAUGUAAUUUGAACCCCAAUUGGUGUACCAUAAAAUUCAAUGCUUAUGUUAUAUGACCCCUGAUUUUAUAUGAAGGCCUGCCGGAGCCAUGUCCUCCUCGCUUUCCA